AACCAGUUCAUUAGAGGCAGAAAAUUAAAAAGCCAACGAUAUUUCAGUGUUUUACAUGUACAGUCUUAGAUUUGCUACCGUUGAACAAAGAAAAUGGAUUCCGCUUUAGAGGAAAGACUGGCGAGAAUAGAAAUGAAACUGGAUAACCUUCUGUCACAAAGAAAGAGUAUUUCCAAGCCAAAAAGGGUACAUGCUCAAUUUUCGUCACAACACAAACACGCCCUCAGAAAAGUCCACAAGAGACUGAUGGAAGAUUUUCACCUUGAAUCAGAAAUAGACAAUCUUGUUCAACACGAUGUGAUUGGAUUGGAAACAUGGCACGAAAUAAAAUGCUUAGGAAGCAGAGCCAACCAGUUGAGAAUGUUCUUACUUAAACUGGGGUCCUACGAUACAACGAAAUUUGAAGCCUUUCUUGACGUUCUAAAAGAAUCGCACAUUCACAUAGCAGAGGAGCUGAUGAGUUAUAUGACCGAAACAAAAGAAAAUGAUGAUAUAUUGUAUGAGGAGGACCGAGUGGACAUAUUCUGUAUAAGAUGUGAAAUUUCAAGACGAGUUCAACCUGAAGAGGUCAUCGAUGAGUUGUUUUCAAGUGGAAUUAUUGGUGCCACAGCACUUCGAAAAUACAUCGAACCGAAAUCGGAGUUCAAAGGCAGUAAGGUGUGGAAGUACGUCUUUGAUAAUUUGAAAAAAUUACAGAAAAACGAUAUCAAUGUUUCCAAAAUGAUGCAAGAAGUUCUCGCAAAGAAAUAUUCUAAUAUCGCAAGAAGUCUUCAGUUUCGUAUGAAGUGUUCUUGGGAUUGCACUUGCGAGGCAGUGGAUCCGCCUACGCAAGGGCGUCUCCACUCUAUAAGUGAUGCUAGCUCUGUCAUCGCUCGAAAAUGCGAUACCCGUUCGAAUACCCCCGAGAUUUUGUUUGAGACUCCAUUUUCUAACCAGAAAUCGGAAGGACAAUCAACACAACCAGAAGUUAAGAUAGUGUCACCUCUCCAAAUCCAAAAUCCAGAAAUUGUAGUCACUGCAGAAGAAAGUGUGCCGGAUAAUUGGAGCAGGACGGAGUCAGGGUAUUUCGAUGUAGACAAUGAGGAUCCCUCAUUAACCAUUGCACCAAAAACAAUUACAUGUACAAAAAAGAACACGGAACAACUACUAAGACCUCCCCAACCUGAAUGCAACACAGAAAGCAUCGUUCAUAUUUCAAAUACUGGUCAACGAAAAGAAGACAGACACGAUGGAAUCAUUUACAAAAACCCAUGCUUUGAUGAUUUUAUAGAUUCAAUUGCUGGCCAUGCUGAAAUACACACAAAAAUUGACCCUGAAAACGGAAAAAUUUUGAAGAAGUUCUUCUCUAAAAGACAGAUGGAUGGUGAAUCGAGCGAGUCUAUGGUUUGAUUGUACGUUUAAGUUACCUCUGCUGACUCAUUAAAUGAAACUUCUAAAAGAAAGAAUCAUGGCAAUCGGGCAAAAUCGGAUAUAAAAGUCAUCAUAAAGGAAUGAUUGAUGUCAUUUAUGUUUAACUUAUUGAAUUAUUUCUCUUAUUUUAUCCAUUCUGUGGAAAUA